AAGGAAAAGAAAUUGCUGUUAAUUGCGGAGUUCUGGGAGAGUGCUAUGUCAUCUGAAAAACGAAAGAUGGCAACUAUAUCAGAACACAUGACAUUAUUGGAGGAACACGCCACUAUGGUUGUGAAAUUGACUUCACAGCAAGAUCAAAUCAUACGAGAAAAGUUUACAAGUCACCUAGAGGCAGAAAAUUGCCUGUACAAAUGUAAACAUGGACAGAAUGAGCCACGAACACCAGAAAAUCAGGAAGGAGAACCUUCAAGCAGGAUGGUCCUCAGGAGAAAAAAGAAGGUUAACUAUGCUGAAUCCUCAAGCUCAUCAGAUUCUGAUGGUUAUGUAGAUAAAUCUAGGUCUUGUGAAAGCAUGCCAUGCCCAACAACUCGUUCAGUUACACACACUUUAAUAGUGACACCUAAUAAACCCAUUAUUAUGAAUGCAACAUAUGAAGAAUAUUCUGCACACAUAAUUUGUGCUUUUAAUACAACGAUACACCUUGUCAAGGAAACUAUUGGAGAACAAGCAUAUGAAGAAGAUAAAAAUAUGCUCCAGAUGGGAAACAAAUUGAUAAUUUCAGAGACCAAGAUUGAAGAUAAUCAAACAACUGAAGAGUAUAGGUUUAUAUUCUUUAUACGACAUGCAUUACUAGACUUUGUCUCAAUGUUUAAGUAUUUGAUGCCAAAAGUUUUGGAUCGUGAUAUGCUUGAACGAUCUUACAUCAUUGAAUGUCUGUCACCAAUUCUCUGCGCAUUUCGCAAUGCGUUUCCUGAUGUAAAAUACAUGUGGGUAGAAAAAUAUGUGAGAUUAAUCAAAGAAGCAAACAACAUGUUUAUGAGUAAUAUUGGAGAACGAAAGACAGAUUUACUCAUUCUCAGGUUAUCAGACGCAAGAGAACUGUUGAA